GCAUGGCGAAGCUGAUUUGGUCUGUGAAGUGAUCGAUUUGCUUUCUGUGUGGAAGAUGUGGCGGGUGAAAACACUCAGCCUAGGCCUGUCGCCUUCGCCCCAGCCGGGAAAACCAGCGAUGAGAACUCCUCUCCGAGAAAUUAUCCUGCAGCCCGGUGCACUCACCACCUCAAGAGAAGGACCGCCUAUGUGCUCCUCGCUCACCCCAUCACUGAGAAAGCUGGGGUUGCAGGAAGGCAACAACAACUCAUCUCCAAUGGAUUUUAUCAAUGCCAAGAGAACAAAUUUCCCUUCAGAACAGUUCCGUCAUCCCUCAAAGAGGCUAGAAGUUGUUCAGCAUGAAUCAGAUGAGCAGCCUGUAAAGCCAAUGCCUCAAACCAACUCUACUUCCAAAAUACCUGAGGAAACAGUAAAUCCAGCAGAUGUGGUUAAGACCAUUGUUCUUACACCCUCUCCAGUAGGACAGAAGCAAGACAUGAUACUUGAGGCCCAUUCAGAUACCAUAGCAGAGACAAACAGCAGCUCUCAAAAUGAACUUUUGGAGCUAGGAGACCGGAUGAGUGAGGAGGUGGCACUCUGUAUGGAGGAGAGCUUGUUAGACGUUGUUGGGACUAUGCCUGAAGAACCUCCAUGGCAGGAUUCGUCAUCCUAUCUCCUGGGAUAUCCAGUGCAAUCCUGUUCUGAGCAGCAAAUAUGCUACUCCAAAGAAAGCCUGAAGGAUGAGAGGACUGAGAUGGUGACUGAGGACUUAGUGCUUUCUGAAAGUACUACACCUUCUUCCAGGCUAGGGCUUACCCCUUCCAGUGCCUGGGCAGUAGAUUUCCCUGUCAAUCAUGAGAAGCCAGGGGAGGAAAUGGUAGAACAUGGAGUUACAGAGGAAAGAGAAAUAAGCUUUUCUAUCCUUCAUGACGAGGUUGGACUGGGAGACCAUGCACUAGUCCCAGAUGUGGAAGAUGUUCCAUCCUCAUGCCUGACACCAAAUCUAGUAGAGGUGGAAUCCCAGGCAGGUCCAAGUCCAAUGGUAGAAGGUACUGGAAGGCUUCUUGGCUGUGAUUCAGAAACUUGGAUGUCCCCAUUGGCUUGGCUAGAAAAAGGUGUAAAUACCUCAGUCAUGUUAGAAAAUCUCCGCCAAAGCUUGUCUCUUCCCCCUGUGCUUCAGGAUGCUGCCAUUCGCAAUACCCCUCUCUCUACUUGCUCUGUGGGAACCUGGUUUACUCCUCCAGCACCACAGGGAAAACACAUACAUGAAUGUCACACAGAAGGCACUAAGGGCACCAGUACUUCAGAGACAGGGUGCUUCUUGUGGGGUCAUUGUCCUCCAGAUCUGACUACUUUGUCUCGACCUGACUUGGAAAAUAACCUACUGAGUUCUCUUGCCCUUCUGGAAAUUCUCUCCCGCCAGCUGCAGGCUUGGAAGAGUCACUUGAUUGUUUCUCACCCAGAAGCCAGGGACAGUUGCACCCAGACUGAUACUAAUACCAGUCCUAUUAGGGUAACUAAGACUCCUCAACAUCUUCAGGAGAGCCAAGAGAUAAGACGGGUCCUGCAGGAGGCCAGAAACAUCAUGCAAUCGUGGGUGCUAGCCUCCAAAGAGCUGAUAUCCUUGCUUCACCUGUCUCUGUUGCAUGACAAAGAAGACAGAAUGACUGUGAAUCAGGAGUCUCAACGUGUAGAAACCAUGGUCUCUUGUUGCCUUGAUAUGUUGAAGAAAUUGAGGGCAAAGUUCCAAAGCCUCAGAACGGAAAGAGAGGAAGCAAAGAAUGGAGAGGAAAUAGCCCUCAAGGGAAAAGAUGCGGCAGAGGCAAUACUGGAGGCUUUCUGUGCACAUGCCAGCCAGCGCAUCAGCCAGCUGCAACAGGAUUUGACAUCCAUGCAAGAAUUCAGAACCCUUCUCCAGGAGGCUCAGACCCAACUGGUAGGGCUUCAUACAGAGCAAGAGGAGUUGGCUCAGCACAUGGUGAGUCUGACUACUACCUUGCAACAGGACUGGACAUCCAUGCAACUGGAUUAUGUGACAUGGACAGCUUUGCUCAGUCGGUCUCGACAACUUACAGAGAAGGUGGUAGCCAAGAGCCAGAAAGCCCUGCAGGAACGUGACACUGCAAUUGAGGAAAAGCAGCAGAUUUCCAGGGAGCUGGAACAAGUCUCUAUCCAUUUAGAGGAAUGUAAAGGCCAAUUAGAACAACUGAAGUUGGAGAACAGUCGCCUAGCAACAGAUUUUCAGGCACAGCUGCAGAUUCUAGCCAGCACAGACAGCCAGCUAAAAGAGCUACAGAGUCAGCAUGCCCAUUGUGCCCAGGACCUAACCAUGAAGGAUGAGUUGCUGUACCAGCUUACCCAGAGCAAUGAGGAGCAGGCUGCUCAAUGGCAAAAGGAGGAGAUGGCACUAAAGCAAAUAAAGGCAGAACUACAGCAACAGAAGGCUGUGUUGGCCAAGGAAGUGCAGGACUUGAAGGAGACCCUAGAGUUUGCAGACCAAGAGAGUCAAGUUGCUCACCUAGAGUUGGGUCAGGUGGAAUGUCAGUUGAGAACUACACUGGAAGUGCUCCGGGAACGCAGCCUGCAGUGUGAAACCCUCAAGGACACUGUAGAUAACCUAAAGGCUGACCUGACUAGAACCAAAGCAGAGAAACAGGAACAAGCUCUGGAGAAGGCACACCAGUUUUCCCAAAGGCUAGGGCUGCUGACUGAUCAACUACAGAAUCUGACAAUCUUCCUUCAGACAAAAUUAAAAGAGAAGACUAAACUGGAGACCCUUCUGCUGAGCACAGACUGUGUUCUCAAACAAGAACACCCACUGCCUAAUGAGAAUGCCUUGAUGGGAGACACAUUGACAGCAGUGGCAGAUGAAGAGCCAGAAUCAGCUCCUGUACCUCUGGUUGGAAGUGACACAAGUGCUUUCACCCGAGUAGCAUCUAUGGUUUCCCUUCAGCCUACAGAGACACCUGACCUAGAGAGUAGCCUAGAAAAAAUGAGCACUACCCUUCUUGAACUUGAGAACCUAUGUUCACUGCUGCAAGAAUCUAAAGAAGAAGCCAUUGGAUUUCUGCAGCAAAAAAUUUAUCAUCUGCAGGAUAGGCUUCAGGACCAGGAAGAACAGCAUCAGGAAGCCCAGAAGGCCAAGGAAGCAGACAUAGAGAAGCUGAACCAGGCCUUGUGCUUGCGCUACAAGAAUGAAAAGGAGCUCCAGGAAGUGAUACAGAAGCAGAAUGAGAAGAUCCUAGAACAGAUAGACAAGAGUGGCGAGCUCAUAAGCCUCAGAGAGGAGGUGACCCAGCUUACCCGCUUACUUCGACAUGCAGAGACAGAGACUAAAGUGCUGCAGGAGACCCUGGCAGGCCAGCUGGACCCCACCUGUCAGUCCAUGGUCACUAACUGGAUCCAAGAGAAAGUGUGUCUCUCACAGGAGGUAGACAAGCUGAGGCUGAUGUUCCUGGAGAUGAAAAACGAGAAAGCAAAUCUUGUGGUCAAGUACCAGAGCCAUAGGAAUAUCCUAGAGGAGAACCUUCGACGCUCUGACACAGAGUUAAAGAAACUAGAUGACAUUGUCCAGCAUAUUUAUGAGACUUUACUGUCCAUCCCAGAGGUGGUGAGGAGUUGCAAGGAGCUACAAGGGCUGCUAGAGUUUCUAAGCUAAGAAACUGAAAAUAGCUGGCUAUGGUAGUGGACAUCUAUAGUUUCAGCUACACCAGAGGCUGAGGCAGGAGUAUUGCUUGAGUCCAGGAGUUCAAGACCAGCAUGGACAUCAUAACAAAGAGACUGCAAGUUGGGUUUUGCUUAGUUCUUAUUUACCUACAGUACCUGCUUACCUCAACAUUAGGAUUGUUGGCAUAAAGUUAACUGUGUGUAAUGUUAU